CCAUCUUCUAAUAUCACAUUUUGUACUGGUAUUUUUCACUGUGUACACUACUCUCUGUCUCUGGUGCCUCCUAAUCUGCCACAACCAGCAAGAAAAUAACCAGUGCAAAUUGAAUACACCAACUAUGAUUCUAACGCAUAUUUCAAGAUUAAAUUUCUCCAUCUUAACCCACCCAAUACCAACACUCAAGCCCUUUUCACUUCAAACUAAUUCACCCUUCACUCUCAUUUCAAAACUCAAUCUUCCCACUAUUAUAAACCAACCCAAAUCAGUUUCCACUACUACAGAACCCAUACCCAUCUCACAUCUCACCACCACCAACACCCAUGAAGAACAAAACCACAAUACCCAAUUCCAAUUUUCGAUUGACAAGCUGUUUAUACCGCCGGAAACUGAGGUUUUGUUUACCGACGACGCUUCUGCUCUGAGUGCUAGAGUCUUGAAAGGCUCUAAUAUAGUGCUGAGUAAGUAUGCAAGAGAUGCUCAGAUUGUUCAGGCUGAGUUUGUCAAGAGUAGUGUUAACACUGAAGAUUGUCCUAAUAAUGGUUUCCCUGAGUUUGCACUUGUGGGUAGAUCUAAUGUUGGCAAAUCUUCCCUUCUUAAUUCUCUUGUUCGAAGAAAGAAACUCGCUCUUACCUCUAAGAAACCUGGAAAGACGCAAUGCAUUAACCAUUUUCGGAUCAAUGAUAGCUGGUACUUGGUGGAUUUGCCUGGAUACGGGUAUGCUUCUGCACCUCAGGAACUUAGGACAGAUUGGAACAAGUUUACAAAAGACUAUUUUCUUAAUCGUUCCACCUUGAUCUCAGUAUUCCUUCUCAUUGAUGCUAGUAUUCCUGCAAAGAAGAUUGAUCUUGAAUAUGCCAGUUGGCUGGGUCAGAAUCAGAUACCUAUGACAAUAAUCUUCACGAAAUGCGACAAGCGCAAGAAAAAGAAGAAUGGAGGGAAAAGGCCGGAAGAAAAUGUCAAUGACUUUCAAGAGUUGAUACGUAGCUUCUUCAAGACAGCACCCCCUUGGAUUAUGACCAGCAGUGUUACAAAUCAAGGCCGUGAUGAGAUACUACUGCACAUGGCUCAACUGCGAAACUACUGGCUCAAACAUUGAGACAAGGAUGACAAACAAUGAAGAAUUUUCUAUUUACCCUGGCUAAACUUUUCAGAGGGCAGAAAAGGAUAAGCAUUUUGGAAAAUCGAACCUGGAUCGUGAUUCGUGAGUAUAUAGAAUUUCAAGCCAUAGCCAGAUAACAUUUUAACCCCUAAUGGAAUUCAGCGCACCAAAUGUGUUUAGAAGUGGGUCAUCUACGUAUUUCUUACAUUAUAUUAAUGAAAUUCAGCGCACCAAAUUGCAGUUAUCUUAAUCUUUUGUAUUUUAUGAACUUCAUAUAAUAUAUAGAGAAAAAUAUUAAGUUUA